CGGAGGAAGAGCAGGGAAGGCUAGGCGCUGUGGAGGCAGGGCAGGGCUCCACACACCCUCAGCACCGACACACAGCCCAAAACAGCAAAAAGAAAAAGGGAUGGCCUAGCUGUGUUUUAUUGUCAGUGGACUAUCAACUGUGAGCUACCUGGACCAGAGAAGGUGCAUAUGAGAGUCAUCAGCAGGGUGUAGAGAUGAGUGUGACCUCCUGGUUCCUGGUGAGCAGCGGGGGAACUCGUCACCGACUCCCCCGGGAAAUGAUCUUUGUUGGCCGAGACGACUGCGAGCUCAUGCUACAGUCUCGUAGCGUCGACAAGCAGCAUGCAGUCAUCAACUAUGAGUUAGGGAAUGAUGAACACAAAGUCAAGGACCUGGGAAGCCUGAAUGGAACCUUUGUAAAUGAUGUUCGCAUUCAGGAGCAGAUGUAUAUAACUCUGAAGUUGCAAGACAAGCUGAGGUUUGGAUAUGAUACCAAUCUGUUCACGGUGGUGAGAGGGGAGCUUACAGUGCCUGAAGAGGCUCUCAAGCAUGAAAAGUUUACCAGUGGACUCCAGCUUAGCAAGAAGCCAUCCAAUGGUGAAACCUCUACAGGCAAAACAAGCAAAUCUCCCAGUAAGACCCCAACAAAAAGCCCAAAGUCACCCAGCAGCAGCAACGCAAAGUCUGGAGAGAGCAGACUAACGGAUGGAGUCACUUCCUCUAAAGAACAGUCGGCUAAACUUACCGAGUCUCACAAAGCAGAGGAAAGGAUAGGAGGGGACAUUACAGCACUUCCUCGUGGGACCCCUCUGUAUGGCCAACCCUCUUGGUGGGGUGAUGAAGAUGCAGAUGAUGAAAACUCUUUCAAACAGGAAACCAAGUCAUCCUCAUCCAAAAAACACGACAGCUGCAUUUCAGAGAGCAAAGAAGCCCGUCGAGGAGAGAAAGCUAAAGAAGGUGGCCUUCAUGCAUCAACUGCUCAUGAUUCCAGUUAUUAUGAUGUUCCUACCAAGGAAGGUCACAUGGCAAGUAAUGGCAUCCAUGAAAUUCCCACCAAGGACACCGAAGAUGGACCUUCUCACAGCCACAUUGCUGCAUCUCAAGGUCACGCCUCAUUCACCAUAGAGUUUGACAACACCUCUCCAGGGAAAGUCACCAUCAAAGACCACGUGUCAAAGUUCACAGCAGAUCACCACAGGUCUCGCUCCAAGAAGAGCGGAGCAGGAAGUGGAAGUGCAGGAAGUAAGGACCUGAGCACGCUACAAGCUGCUAUGAUGGCGUCUGAGAGCAAGGUGGCUGAUUGGCUGGCUCAUAAUGACCCCACGUUGAUGCGCAGCGAGUCAACAGAAGACGACAGCAAGAGCAUCAAGAGUGACGUGCCGGUCCAUCUCAAAAGACUCAAAGUAGGCAGCAAACAUGAGGAUGGCACCCAGAGUGAUUCUGAGAACGGGCUGGGUCUGCGUUUUGCCACUCGCCGACAAGCCCUUGAGGAACGCCUAAAGACAGCACACAACCACGUGGGUGGAGGAGUUGGAGGGCCGAACACAUCUGCGAGCGGGUCUAGAACUACUGGCACCCGUACGGCUUUCAUGAUCGAGUUCUACGACGAGGAAAACCCUCGCAAGCGUCGGUCAUAUUCGUUUUCCCAGACUGCCCCACUGCUUGGUGGAGUAGCCGGUGGGGAGGGACUAUGUCCUCAGCCUCCCUCUCACCCUAAGGUGUUUAGUAUUUCUACCUCUGCAGCUCUGGCCUCAGACUCAGGUAAGGUUCCAGCUCCUAUAUCAGCUACAGUGGCUGCAGGUGCCCCAACAGCUGCCCGCGUGCUCCUCAAGCAGCGAUCAGAGGACCAAAGUAUCGGUCGGAGCUCCGGCAGCACCAGGAUGGCGACUGGAAGCCCCACAACUCCCAGUGAGGAUGCUUCAGUCGUUGAUAGAACUGCAGGAACCACUGGGGAGGAGGCAGAGGACAACCACAGUGAUAAGGGAACUUACACCAUUGAACUGGAGAACAAAAAUCCAGAAGAAGAGGAAGCCAGGCGCAUGAUUGACAAGGUGUUUGGUGUGCAGGAGAGUACGAGUGCCUCAAUUUUGUCAGACGUGAAAGGUGAAGGAAAAGGAAAAGACACAGGAGAGGUUGUGAAAGAGGCCCUUCCUGGUGACUCGAGCUGGGUUUCUCAAUGGGCCAGUUUGGCUGCCAAUAACACCAGGACAGACCCAGAAGGUUCUGGAGCAGAAGCAGCCACAUUCCUGCACAAAGAGAGAAGAACUGAUGCCUUUAAUCCUGGUGCAUCCCUCACCAAAGGUGAAUCCUCUUCCAGCCUGACCGACCAUAAGCGCAGAACCCUCCCCCAACUCCCCCUGGAUGACCCCCGAGCUAAAUCCACUUCCAAAGCACUGAGGUCUGAGAUAGGAGAGAAGCAGGACACUGAGCCCCAGGAGAAAGAGAACAAGGGAGACGGGGAGUCCCCAACCCCCAACGAGAAAGCAGAGAUGACCACUAAACGAAAGCAAAGCUCCACCUCCUCCCCAUCUAAGGGUUCUCUUCGGCCCUCUGGUGGCACUGACCGGACAAAAAGGUCAGAAGAGAGGAAAGGAGGAGGAGCAGAAGAAACUGGAGACAAAUCUGGGAAGCCUCUUGUCCGUCAGGGCAGCUUUACCAUUGAGAAGCCCAGUUCAAACGUCCCUUCAGAGCUCAUCCCUCGCAUCAACAGAGGCAACGGUGGGCGUGAACGCAGCGACUCUGUGGGCAGCAUGGAUACAGCUACACUGCUGAAGGACACUGAAGCCGUCAUGGCAUUCCUUGAAGCUAAACUCCGAGAUGAAAACAAGCUAGAUCAGAAAAAAAGUAAAACUGCUCAGAGUUCAAGCCUCCGGACUCAGACCGGCUCCAUCUCUCCUGAAUCAGAUGUGGACACAGCCAGCACAGCAAGUCAUGUGACUGGAGAGACAGAGAGGAAGGCAGCAGCUGGCAGCAUGCAGAAGAGGAAGUCUUUCAGCAGUAUGCACCGAGAAAAAAGCAACAUGAGCACAACUUCCAAAACCAGCACUACAAACGCCAGUGCUCGUGACCGCUUGGAGAGAAAGUCUAAAAGUAGACCAGGCGAAGCAGCGACCCGGACUGAGACUCGUCGCUCUACUCAGCCAUCCUCUUCCUCCUCCAAAGUACGACAGCCUUCUCUGGAUCUCACAGAUGAUGACCAAACCUCUUCCUUCCCCAUUUCUGAUGUCCUUUCUUCUGAUCAGGAGACAUAUUCUGCACCUUUGGGAAACUCAACACAUAGACACGGCUCAGAAGAUGUCCUCUAUUCCAAACUUGAUAGCAGGUCUACUAAAACAUCCAUCAGCGGUGCCUCCAAAACCAGCAGAACUCUCCAGGCAGCUACAGCUUCCUCUCUUAGCAAACAGGCUUCCCUGCCACAGCCACGACCCACGAGAGCUUCCCUUCUUCGCCGUGCCCGACUGGGGGACACAUCUGAUACAGAUCUAGCUGAUGCAGACCGGGUAUCAGUGGCUUCUGAGGUCUCCACCACAAGUUCCACCUCCAAGCCUCCAUCUGGUCGGAAAGGACUGUCACGGCUGGAUAUGCUGGCUCAGCCAAGGAGGAACCGCUUGGGCUCCAUCUCAGCCCGCAGUGACUCAGAGUGCAUGAUGACCCGGAGCUCCGCCUCUUCACCCCGUUUAUCAGCAGAGACGGCUCUGCGUCUCGGCCUGCGCUCAUCAACGCCCACAGAGAAUAAGCUAACGUCAAGGAUGAGAGCCAACAGCGUGUCCAAACUGAAUGAAGCCAAGACUAAGACCACUACAUCUGGAUAUUGCUCACCCACAGUGUCCAGUAGUAACAGGUGGAGGCGUCUGCCACCGGAGUACGGCUCCACUUCCGAGGAAGAGUUUGGUUCCAUGAGGAAUUCUCCAAAACAUGGAGCUCGCUCUCACGUGCGUCCUCAUCACCUCGUCCCAUCCCGUGGCUCAAGACUUGGCACCACCGCAAAUUCAGGUCUGGGCGUGGUGUCAGGUCCAGGUGGAGCAGGGAUCAAACACCGCAUGAAAGAGCAAGAGGAGUACAUCAGGGACUGGACAGCACACAGCGAAGAGAUAGCCAGGUUAUUCCCCUGUGUGCGCAGGAUCAGCCAGGACCUGGCUAAGGACUUGGCCGUCUUGGCUCGUGAGAUCCACGAUGUGGCUGGUGAGAUUGACUCGGUCAGCUCCUCCGGCACAGCCCCCAGCACCACCGUCAGCACAGCCGCCACCACCCCGGGAUCUGCCAUCGACACCCGGGAAGAGUUGGUGGAUCGGGUGUUUGACGAGAGCCUCAAAUUCAGAAAAAUCCCACCAGUUAUCUUGACCAAUAAGGUGCCUGAAAUAAACGGAAAGCCAGUGGAGCUUCAGCCUCGAGCUCCUGACAGCCGGGAGCCUCGAGCUUUGAGGAGACGCACCUGGAACAGAGAGGAGGCGGUGUUGGACAGCCUGCUCAUCCACUCAGUGUCUCAGCUGUCAACCAAGAUCAGACACUCUGUGGACAAAACAGCAGGAAAGAUCCGGAUCUUGUUCAAGGAUAAGGACAGGAACUGGGAUGAAAUUGAGAGUAAAUUGAAAUCGGAGAGUGACUUACCUCUCCUUAAAACCUCCAACAAGGAAAUCUCUUCAAUUCUGCUCGAAUUGAAGAAAGUUGAGAAGCAGCUUCAAGUGAUUAAUGUAAUGGUAGACCCAGAUGGGACUUUAGAUGCCUUGACCAGCCUCUGCCUGACCAGCCCCACCACCUCGACCAAGCCCCAAACCGCCAAAAUAUUGGCCCACUCUGCCACUAACCCAGCCAAAGAGUCACUGCCUGAGAUCCUUCCCGGGCCUGGAGGGUCGGCUUCCUCCUCCAGGGUUCAGUCUUCCUCUGCCGGCACAGAGGAGUGCGCACGAGAAACCAUCCUAGGUUUGGGAUUGACAGGAGUCGGAGGGCUGCCCUACAACCGCAUGCGGCCGAGCGGAGAAGAGGCCAUCGCACAGAAGUGAACAGGAAGUUUCCUUCAGAUGAAUAAAUAAAAGCGUGGAUUGAAGGUGGCUGGUGAUCAGUGCUCCCAACGAUGAGGCACGUUUACAAAAAACAAUGGCCGUUCUACAGAUUGUACAAUUCUAGGAUGAUAAAGUAAGAAAUUAGAUCCUAAUUUCUAAUUCCUGGCUGAUGC